AUGGAAGAAGCACUUCUUACUGAGAUUGUGAAGAAGUUGGGUUGGGUUUUCUUUCUCCAAGAGAUGGGACUUGUGUGGGGCGUCAAGGAUGAACUUGACAAACUCAGAGACACGGUUUCCACAAUCGGAUCAGUACUUGUUGAUGCAGAGGAGCAGCAAGCCACAAACCAUGAGGUUGCUGACUGGCUUGAAAAACUCAAUGAUGCAUUUUAUGAUGCUAAUGACUUGCUUGACGACUUCUCCACCCAAGCUAUCCGCAGUCAGGUUAUGACUCGGAACACAAGGCUCAAGAAGGUACACAAUUUCUUCUCAUGCUUGAAUCAGCUUAUUUUCCGUAGUAAGUUGGCUCAUGAUAUUAAGGCCAUUAAUGAGAGACUAAAUGCAAUUGCCGAAAACAAGAAAAAGUUCCACCUCACUGAACGGCCUAUAGUUGAGAAUAGUAAGUGGGAGGAGAGCCACUCUUGUGUUCAUGCCGAAACUGUUAUCGGGAGGGAUGGUGAUAAAAUGGCAAUUGUCCAACUUUUAUGGGAAAGCAACGUUCCAGAUGAGAAUGUGUCAGUUAUUGCAAUAGUUGGAAUUGGGGGACUAGGAAAGACCGCAUUUGCACAAUUGGUAUACAAUGAUGAGAGGGUCACUAAACAUUUUCAACUUAAGAUGUGGGUCUGUGUCUCUGAUGUCUUUGAUGUGAAGUUAAUUGCAGAAAAGAUCAUACAGUCUGCAACAGGCAAAAUGCCUUAAAACCUUUCGAUGGAUAAAUUGCAAGAAAUGCUUAGUAAAGAAAUUCAUGGAAAGAAAUAUUUACUUGUGUUGGAUGAUGUGUGGAAUGAGAACCGCGACGAAUGGUUAAAAUUAAUAGAUUUGUUGUUGAGUAGUUUGAGGGGAAGUAAGAUCUUAGUAACUACUCGUACUGAGUUAGUUGCAAAUGUUACAGGUACAAAUUCACCAUAUUUUUUAAAAGGCUUGUCUAAGGAGGAGUCUUGGUCUUUAUUUAAGAAAAUGGCAUUCAAACAAGGGAAAGAGCCGGAGAAUACAUUUCAAGUAACAAUUGGCAAGGAAAUUGUUCAGAAGUGUAAGGGAGUCCUUCUUGCCGUAAGGGCUUUAGGAAGCCUACUAUACUCUAUGAUGAGUGGUUGCUUUUCAAAAAUAAUGAUUUGUCAAAAAUAGUUGAAGAAGAGGAUG